CCCACACACAUUCACAGCGUUUAGCGGAACACUAGAGACACACAGAGGCACGGAGACUUUCUUCACAUACUAAAGCUACCGAAACUCAGAAACGCGUCGAGAUGUUUGCUGAUUCAACUACAGAGUACAGUUAUGAGGAGUGUAAGGCCACAGCUGAUUGGCUGCUGGCUCAGGCCCCAGUGCGCCCCCUGCUGGGGAUCGUGUGCGGCUCAGGUCUCGGAGGACUGGCAGAAAUGCUGAAAGAUCAGCUGUUCAUCAACUACAGUGACAUCCCUAACUUCCCUCAGAGCACCGUUCACGGUCACGCUGGGAAGCUGGUGUUCGGCACGCUUAAAGGAAAGCCGUGUGUUUGCAUGCAGGGCAGGUUUCACCUGUAUGAAGGAUACCCCAUUCAGAAGACCACGAUGCCAAUGCGUGUGUUUAAGCUGAUGGGUGUGAAGACGGUCAUCCUGACCAACGCCGCCGGAGGACUCAACCCGGACUUUAAAGUGGGAGACAUCAUGGUCAUAAAGGACCACAUCAAUAUUCCAGGAUUCGCUGGAAACAACCCGCUGGUGGGGCCAAACGACGACAGGUUGGGUCAGCGGUUCCCGUGUAUGUCGGAUGCGUAUGACCGUGAUCUGCAGCAGCUGGCUCACACGGUCGCAGCGGAGCUGGAUUACUCCUCCUUCAUGCAGGAAGGUGUGUACAGCGCUGUGGGCGGCCCGUCCUUCGAAACCGUCGCCGAAAGUAAAAUGCUGCACUUCCUCGGAGCCGACGCCGUGGGCAUGAGCACGGUUCACGAGGUGAUUGUGGCGCGUCACUGUGGGAUGAGGGUCGUGGCUCUGUCUCUGAUCACCAAUCAGGUGGUGAUGGAUUAUGACAGUGAGAAGAAAGCCAAUCACGAGGAGGUCCUGCAGACGGGGGAACUGAGAGCGCAGCAGAUGGAGAAACUGGUCUCCACCAUGGUCUCCCGCAUGCAGCUGUCAAACAACCAACACUAAAGCACUGACAGCCAACACAUCCACACGCACAUCGCUAGACGCUAGAAUGCUAAUCAUAUAUGUCGGUUUUUCCCUUACUAUGUUUACAUUUCAGGGACAAAGUGUUUUGGGAACAUUUUCUCCUGUCAUCACCAAAAGUUACUGUUGUUUAAACUGGUCAUGGGAUCACUGUUUUAAUGUGUAUUUAUUGUCUCCAAAAAACGUCUUAAACGUGAUUUAUUUAAAACCUAAGUCAAAGGACAAUUUAUGAAGAAAAUACUUUUAUAAAGAAGCACUGUUACUGAAUUCGCUGUGAGGUAUAGUGAAGGUAAAGAUGACUUUAUUUAUGCAACCUAUUUAUGUAAACUGUAAAGUUUUGAAGUUGUUUUAAAUUGCACUAAAUGAUGGCGUUUUGUGUGUCAGUUUUAAAACCUGAAUUACUGUUUUACUGACUUUAACCAGCACUUUUCCCAAAAACAUUUAUUUUAUUGACCUGAACUUUGAAAUUGCACUUCAAGCUUUGUGUUUCAUAGUUUUUUUAUGAUCUGCUUCAAUGCAAUUAAAAUGAUGUUGCUGUACCAGA